CAUUGCACUGGGGUUGUACCCCAGUCUGUGUGUGGAGUCGUGUCUCUCGCGUACUUGUCGCGUCAACAUAUUCAAGAUGGCAAGCACGAUAAACGAGAUCGCGGCUCAGGCAAGCGAGAAUCUCACCGAGCAUCAGAAUGUGACGAACGCGAGGAUGCCUUCGACUCCUGAAGGGAUGGCUAUCGCAUACGGUAGUCUUAUUAUUAUGGCCAUCCUGCCCAUCUUUUUCGGCAGCUAUCGCGCCGUCAGACAUCACAAGGAGCAGCAGCAGCAGUAUAAAGCCAGCGGCGAGCAGCCUGAUACAAUGUCCCGCAGAGAGGCUGCUAUGUUUCCCUUUAUCUCCAGUGUUACGUUAGUCAGCAUGUAUAUAUUAUAUAAGGUGUUUGCCAAGGAAUAUGUAAACUUGAUAUUGGCUGGAUAUUUCUUCUGUCUUGGCAUUCUAGCUCUGUGCCAUCUUACAAGCCCAUUAAUCUCAUCGUUGGUACCUGCCGCAAUUCCAAAGACACAGUACCACAUCUUGUUCACUAGAGGAAAAGAUGACAAGGAAGAGCAUAUAAUUAACUACAAGUUUAAUUCGCACGACAUUGUUUGUCUUAUAUGCUGCUCGCUUGUGGGGGCUUGGUACCUCUUGAAGAAGCAUUGGAUAGCCAACAACUUGUUUGGUAUCGCGUUCGCGAUCAACGGAGUCGAACUGUUGCAUCUUAAUAAUGUCGUUACGGGAUGCAUUUUGUUGUGCGGUCUCCUCUUCUACGACGCUUUCUGGGUGUUUGGUACAGAUGUGAUGGUGACCGUCGCAAAGUCCUUCGAGGUGCCCAUCAAGCUUGUCUUUCCGCAGGAUCUCCUGGAGAAGGGCUUGAGCGCCGGCAAUUUCGCCAUGCUAGGCCUGGGCGACAUCGUACUGCCUGGUAUCUUUAUCGCCCUGCUGUUACGAUUCGAUAAUAGCCUGAGCAGGAAAACAAAUGUCUACUUUUAUUCGACGUUUUUCGCGUAUUUUAUGGGAUUACUCGCGACCAUGAUGAUAAUGCACCUAUUUAACCACGCACAACCUGCUCUACUGUAUUUAGUCCCGGCGUGCUUGGGCACACCGUUGCUAUUGGCGUUAGUAAAGGGAGACCUCAAGGCAUUAUUUUCAUACGAGGAUCAUCCGUCGCAGCCAGCAAAUACGACGCAACAGUCGGAGCAGACGCAAGUAGACGCAAAAAAGGAUAAAUAAUUAUUUCAAUUCAUCGCAUACGUGAUGAGAAACUCGACGUUAUUAUCGUGCUGUAAUUAUCUGCCGUAAUCAUCGCGCCUACUGGAAAGAGACGAAAACAGAAAUAGUUUAUGGUUCACGCUCAAGACGUACAAUCAUACGUUGUAAAGUACAAUAGCGUAUAACUGUGUAUUUGCUUGCAUGCACGUGAACUGCGAAGUAAUUCGAUGUAUACGUCGUGUGUGUGUGUGUGUGUAUACAUAUAUGUGUGUGUGUAUGCACAUACACACUUUCAGCUUCACAGUGUAAAAAUCAUAGGAUCACGUGCGUGAUCUCGAACCCGCGGUGAAUUUGCAUGUUCCGAUUGUAAGAAGAGAAAGCCUUUUUUUGGCGAGAGAAAGAUUGUGAUAAUCGAGCGAUUCAUUUGCAUGCAAGAUUAAUAAAAUAUUGAAGAAAUUUUUAUCACUCGUGUGUGUGGCAUCGACGGAUAUGAGACACUGGUGAGGGAAAAGGACACCGUUACCCGUUGUGUGGAACGGUAAUACCAAGUUUCAUUGUUUCGCAUAGCGUAGAGUAGAAUAUGAAUAUGAAUAUACUUCCAAUUGUUAAUUUAUAUUUCAUAUACAAUCGUGUAUACGACAGACUCUGCUGUCUGUACAUCCACUUGAGUUUUGCAGUGCAUUACGGUGCGUUUUGUAUUCUAAAGAAUCAGUUCCAGUUGCAUAUAAGUUUUUACUGGUAUUCCAGAAUUUUCGGUGAUUUUACCACCAUUUGUGAGUGAUAAUUAUAGAUUAUUAAUUUAAAAUAGGAGAAGAUGGAAAAGCGAUUUUCUCUCUCCUCUCUCUCUUUCUCUCUGCACGUGUUAAACGAAUUGAUAUGUGUAGAAGAAUUGUACACACACGUUAAAAUCGUCAUAAGAAACAUGUCAAGUGUGUACAACUGUGCUACACGUAAACGCGAAUUUUCUUAUUUAUUUGUGAAAAAUGAAAUUCAGAUGUAUAUUUAUAAUUACGGUCAGUAUACACAAUAAAUAGUAUCGAAAUUUUGA